AUGCGGACGAGUAUGCCGACGCGCGCCGCCGCGCUCGGACGAUGGACGACGCGCGAUGGACGGACGACGCCGCGCGCGCGUGCGCGCGGGACGGUUCGAGCGCUCGAACGGUCGUACGACGCGACCUCGCGCACGGCGCGCGUGACGCACGCGGACGGCGCGGUGACGUUUCAAUUCGACGUCGACGCGCCGGUGAUGGAGGACGACGCGGCGACGGUGGUGGAGGACGCGCUGGAGACGGCGACGGAGGCGGCGACGGCGGACGCGGCGGACGCGCGGACGCCAGAGCCGGAGCGCGCGGAGACGGUGACCGCGCCGUCGGCGGUGAAUGACGGUCCGACGUGGGUCGGGGAAUCCUCGGAUGAAGACGAUGGAUCGGUGUCGCGACGGCUCGCGACGCCGCUGUCGAAGAUGAAGAAGGCGGAGCUCGCGGCGCUGUGCGAGGAGCUCGGCUUGGACGCGAGCGGCACCGUCGCCGCGCUCCGCGGGCGACUCGCCCCGGUCGUUCGCGGUCGCUCGGGGUGA